GAGCUCAAUACAGAAAUCAGGGACUGCCUUGUGUCUGUGCCUACAGGGAUCUCUCUGCACUACUGUACUGGCUUUAUUGGAACAGAAUCUCAUCUCAUUGAGUUCAGAGACUGUAAAAAAAUGUCCCCUCCGUAUGAAACCCAGAAUACCUGGAUUCCUCAAUAUUCCAUGAUUGGACCAUUUAGAGGUCAUAUGAGCAUCAAAAGUUCUCCUUUUUACACUGGAUCAUCGUGCAAGUUGUCAACCCAGUACCUCAUCCAAGACCACAUGGCGGCACACUACAAGAAACUUCUAACCACCAAAGCUGCUGUGGACACAUCAACACCAAAGAGUUUAUAUAACAGCAUCAAAUUCAAGGACCAGCAGAAGAAGGAGAAGCUCCUGGAAGCCGUUGAUCUGUACAAGAAGGAACAGCAGCGGAUCUGUUCCCCGGCUCAUCACCAAUCAAAAAGCCAUUUCCUGGAGCAAUGGAAGCAGGUCCUGUUUAGUAAACCUGGUGAAGAAAUACACGAGCAAAGGAGGGCAACACAAGCCAGAUCUCCGGUUCUGAUUGGCAGGGAUACAAUGCGCACAAUGGAAGGGGAAGGCUAUAUUCAAGGUGAUGCGGUGACAGCUGCCAUUCAGCCAUGGAGAAGCCAGACACGGCACAGGAAUGAGACCCCCAAACAGAAAGCCUAUAAGGACCCCGAGAAGAAAGCCUACAGUGGGGACAUUCUGGAUAAACACGCUACAAGGUUCACGAGUACAAAACAAUGGUUCAAACCGCGGUUAUUAAAGAAGACCGCCCAGUCCUUUCUAUCGAAUUCCAAGCAUUACACAUCUCCCCGAAAAUCAAAUGCUGCCCCUCAGCCAAGAGGGGAUCAACAUGGCGCUGAGCCUCUCAUAGAAUCACACAGAUCUCUGGAGAGCAAGGACCUACAGCUUGAAACUACCAGCCAAGAACAGAGUUUGGGAACAGAAAAUGGAAAUCUCCCCGGGGCCCGUCGUUCACAGCAUCUGGAACAGGAGGAAGAAAUUAAAUACCUGCGUUUCCUCCAAGAUGUGACAAAUGACAUUUUAAUCAGAGGCUGUGGCUCCGAAAGAACUAUAGAAAACGUUUUUCAAGAACACCUUCAAAGAAAAGAACAUGACAUUGAUGAGGAGAAUAAGAAACAUCUAAUGGAAGAAUUAAAGGCUGAGCUUCAGGGCAGCCCCAAGCUGGACUUUUCCAUCAGUAACGACGGGACACAGUACAGAUCCGAGGCUCUUCCCCUGCGAGGAAUCCUUCUGGCCAGACUGCUCUCCUCCCACGCCCCACAGUCGGCCAGGGACAUACGGACAGAUAGGGAAACUGGCUCCAAAAUGUAACAAAGGCUAAAUAUGUGAAUAAGCCGUAUAAUCCUUCAUAUUUAUUAUAAAUCAAGCGCUUCAGUACUGACCAAGGACGGAUUUUAAGCGUCGGACAUCCUUGCUGACAAAAACCACAGCACUUCCACGUCUGGGAGACUUUCCAUUUUACUGGUUAUUGCCAAACUUUCCUUCUUUGCACAACAAUCUGUAUACAACUGAUCUCUAUAGAAGAAAUAAACACAAAGGGCAAAUAUUCCCACUUGUAGAGGCAGUUUUGGGCAGGCAGGUAAGGGCGGUACUUAUGUUGCCACAACCUAUCGAUAUGGAUGGAUGGAUACACUAACAAAGCCAAGCAGCAACUUUUGUGACUGUCCCUUUUAAAAGGACUGCUGUGAUUGGAUGACAGAGCCCAUAUAGGGCGAUACAAGUGGAUGAUGGUGAAAAUGAUGUCACUUGAUGUAAACACUGAAUGGGCGGUAUCCAGCUGCCAGUUUCAUAUAGAUUAGCACUAUAGACGCAUCAGGCUGACGAUUGGGCAAACCUGAUGCGACUUUUCAUUUAGUCUUCAUUUUUUAUCAUUUAUAGUUUAAUUAUUUGCCUUCUUCUGCCUCUUCCCAGCUUUCAAAUGGGGGUCGCUGACCCCAGCAG